AAACAGUACUAACAUUUUAUUUAAAUUCUGAUUUCUUAAUGUCCUCACACAUCUCAUCUUGUAAUUUAAUUUAUUUGUCUGCAGCGGUUAAGUAAAAAGUGACAACUGUAAUAUUGUUCUAUUCUGCUUUCUCUGUCUUGUGUUUAAUUUCCUUUAGAUUUUCGAUUUAUUAAUAAUGGCUCUGAACUACAGUUCCAUCGACGAUAACGAUGCUUUUUCGUUCAGGAAUCUUGAAAGAAAUGCAAAACUUGAAAAAUUGGGGCUCAAAAUGCCGAGUUUCCGUAAAACUGGUACUACAAUUGUGGGAGUAACUACUCGUGAUUGUGUUAUUUUGGCUGCGGAUACACGUGCUACAUCAGACACAAUAGUUAUGGAAAAAAAUUGUGAAAAAAUCCAUUAUAUUGGAAAAUACAUGCAUUGCUGUGGUGCCGGUACAGCAGCUGACACGAUGCAAGUUACUCGCAUGGUAUCUGCCAACGUUUCUUUGCAAGCAUUUAAGUUUCCUGAUGAAAUGGUUCCUGUUGCAUUUGCUGCUAGGUCACUUCGUCAGUAUCUCUUCAAGUACAUGGGAUAUGUUUCAGCCGCUUUAAUUUUAGGUGGCAUUGAUAACAGUGGUGCACAUUUAUACUCAAUUUAUCCUCAUGGUUCAAUUGAUAAAUUACCUUACAUAUCUAUGGGAUCAGGAAGUAUGGCAGCCAUCUCAGAACUUGAAAGCCGCUGGAAUGAAAAUCUAACAGAAGAAGAAGGAAUGAAACUUGCAUGCGAUGCUAUUUUGGGUGGUGUUUUUAAUGAUCUUGGUUCUGGAAGUAAUGUAGACCUUUGUGUCAUAAAAAAAGAUGGGACUCGUAUGCUCAGGAACUAUCUGACACCCAACAAAAAACCAGCCACUGCCAAAUAUGUCUAUCCAGCUGGUUUGACCAAGGUUUUACGUAAAAGUGAAAUAAAAUUCCAAAUUGCAGAGGAAACUGUCAUGGAAGUUGAUGCUUAAAAUUUUCAUUACU